UCAAAAACAAGUCACACAACUGCGAAGACAGAAUAUGAAAUUGAUUUCGCGUAUCUUUUCCCCUAUAAAUCUAGUUUUCUAAAGCAGUAUUUUUUGCGAUAAGAUAAAAACAUAUAUAUAGAUAUUAUUUAAAUAAAACAAUAAAAACGAAACUUAAAGUUUCUGCUUUGUGAAAUUCUGGACGUCACUUUCAGUUUCAACAAACAAACAUACAUUUCAGUAAUAUGAAGUUAAGGGUGAGAGUGAACAAGCGGACCAGCCGGGUGGAGCUGGAGGGACCCGAUCCAACCCUGACCCAACUCAGCAAACGGGUUAAAGAGGACCUGCUGCCUUCAGUUGGACUAAACAUCGAUACAGCGUUCACUUUGUCUCUGAACGGGAAAGAGCCUCUGGUGGACACAGGACAGACUCUCUCCUCGUGUGGAGUGGUGUCAGGUGACAUGAUCAGUGUAAUACUGCCUUUUUUUGACUCUUCAUCUUCCACGGAAUCAUCUUCCUCUCAGCAGACACACAAUGUUUCAGCUGUUCGGCAGAACACAUCGCAGAGUCAUACGGGAUCAGGUGCACAGGAGCCAGGCACCAGUAGCAGCUACGAGAGAAGCGAGAGCAUGUCUGCUCCUGAGACAGACGAGGUGAAUAUGGAGAGAAGUGAAGAUGAAGAGGAGGCAGUUGGCAUCUUCAUUCCCGAGCCCAUGCUAUGCUGUGAAGCCGAGGAAGGGAAAGUCCCUCACUCUUUAGAGAUGCUGUACCAGGCUGCGCAGUGCAACAGCGCUCAAGACUGUCUGGUGUUAGCCGCACAUGUCUUACUGCUGGAGACCGGCUUCCUGCCACAGGGUUGUGACGUCAGAGCUGGAGAGAUGCCCGGGGGCUGGCGUGCAGUGGGGGGCCUGUACAGGUUGCAGUACUCUCACCCAUUCUGUGAGAACAGCCUGCCUCAGGUGGUUGCAGUGCCAAUGGGCCAGACACUUGUCUUUAAUGCUACUUUGAAGACAGGCAGCUCAGUAGAGAGUUCACGGAAGCUGGUACUGAAACCAGAUGCCUACGUGACUAAGGAUUGGGCAGAGGGAAAUGCAGGCCUGGCCUACAGAGACUUACAGAAACUGUCUCGUGUUUUUAAGGACCAGCUGGCUUACCCACUCAUUGCAACAGCUAGAGAAGAACUAGGUCUACCUGCACUGUUUGGUCUGGCUGUUUUGCCCCCUGAGCUGCUUCUAAGGAUAAUGCGGCUGCUGGAUGUGUCCUCACUCCUAAAUCUGUCUGAAGUAUGCAGACACCUGCACUCCACUACCCACGAUGUCUCACUCUGGAAAUACCUCCUGCACCGUGACUUUGGAGUGAAUACUCAGGCUAAUACUGAGUACAGAGACACAGACUGGAAAGAGGUUUACAAAAAAAGAUUCAUGAACAAGAAGGCCCAGAUCAGAUACAGACCCAGGGGCUACCCUUUUCGAAUUCCCCCAAUUUAUCCUCUUACUCCAAUGCCCAUCCCUCCUCCUCCAAUUCCUCUCUACCCGCCUGGCAUCAUAGGAGGAGAGUACGAUCAGAGGCCUGACAUUCCUCAGAACAUCCCACCACGCCCACGCUACGACCCCAUUUCUCCAUUUCCAGGUCAUGAACCGCUCGGCAGGCAUCCCUUUGGCAGACGUUUGCCGAGGCCAGGCAGCAGCCGAGCACCAGACCCGAGGAGAGGCUUCAUUUAGAUUCCUUCCAGAUAGCAGAUUCCUUUUACACAACCCGGAAGUGUCUAAACAUCUUACAAAUAUUAAUACU